ACUGAUCUCCCUCUCCAUCUCUUGUUCUUCUCUGCUACCUCUCGCUCGGCGCUCGCCAUCGUCGGUCCCAAUGUUCCAUUCGUUGAGCUUGUGAGAACAUGGGAGCUGCGGAGCACGGCGUACGGUCACCACCGCGGCUCGGCGUUCAUGGCAUCGACAUCACAGCCUGCCGCAAUAGGCAAAGGAGAAGAAAAGAGGAAGGAAGAGCAGGCUCUGCCCUCGGCGGCCGGCGACGGCAGCCAGCUGCAGCUGGUGAUGCCCCAGGACGGGUAUGAGUGGAAGAAGUACGGCCAGAAGUUCAUCAAAAACAUCCAGAAAAACAGGAGCUACUUCCGGUGCCGGCACAAGCUGUGCGGCGUCAAGAAGAAGGUGGAGUGGCACCCGAGCGACCCCGCCGGCGACCUCCGGAUCGUCUACGAAGGCGCGCACCAGCAUGGCUCCGGCGCCGCGCCGUCGUCUGCAAAGGGAGCCGCCGCCGGCGCCUCUAACCAGUACGAGCUGGGCGCUCAGUAUUUCGGCGGGGCCCGCUCGCAUUGACUCGGAGUCAAAUAAAGAGGCGUCGCUCUCAUCGCUCGUCGUCUUGCCACGCUGGUUCCUGUCAUUGCCUGCCCGCGCCGCCGGUGGCCGUCGUCGGAGGGGGCUGGGCGACGAGUCCCUGUGGCGGUGCUGGUUGACGCCUUGCGCCCGUGCAUCUACUAGCGGACCUGAUAUUAAUUUCAGUGGAGGGAUUAAUUGUGUUGGAGGCGGUCUCAACUCAGUGAUGUACUCCCCCAAAUUACAAAUCGUUUUGGUUUUGUAGGUGCAUGUACAUAGAUGUUUGUAUGAAUCUAGAAAAGUUAAAAUAAUCAUAAUUUAGA